GGCUGGUUUACUGUCAGUCUGAAGUUAGCUGUCUGUAAAUACUCUCCCACUGAGAACCGUUAUUUUCAGGGUUUUACGAAGAUUCCCACAAAAAUAGAGCAAAAUGGUGGACUGUGGCUUGUUGACAAACAAGAAGGAGGCUGUUCCACUGAAGCACAUUGAGGUGGAACUAGAGGUACAGGGGCAUGUAGCAACAGUGACCUCUACCCUGCAGUAUAUAAAUGAAGAAGAGUGCCCCCUGGAGGCUGUGUUUGUCUUUCCCAUGCCUUCAGGAGCUGCUGUCUGCCAUUUCAGCGCCAAGAUUGCAGAUCAGGAGAUAGUGGCUGAGCUGCAGGAGAAACAGGAAGCGCGGGAGCAGUAUGAUGAUGCCCUGAGUUCAGGUGAACAAGCUUUCCUGUUGGAGGAGAGUGAGGAGUCUGUGGAUGUGUUCAGGCUGAGUGUGGGGUCCCUGCCUCCACACCAGAGUGCCACUGUCACCUUCAUUUACAUAAUUGAGCUGAGUGUGCAGGCUGACCAUUCACUGCAAUUUUGCCUGCCUGCAGUGCUCAAUCCCCGCUACAUACCAGCCGGUACAGGUGGUGGUAUAGUGUCAGAGAUAACAUCAAGUUCCACUGGUGUUUCCUAUUCUCUUUCUUUUACUGCACAUGUGAGCUCUCCAAACCCCAUCACUAAAGUGGAGUCCAAGUGUCCUCUAGAGCCCCUGACAUUCCUCAACACAGAGCACACAAAGGCAAAGGUAAGCCUUUCUGCAGGUCAUAAGUUUGACAGAGAUGUUGAGCUGUAUGUAUAUUAUCAGAAUCCCCAUCAGCUCACUGCUAUAGUGGAGGCUGGAGCUCUCACUGCACAGCCAGGGACUCUAAUGGGAGACCCUGCAGUCAUGAUCAGUUUCUAUCCAGAGUUUCCUGAGUCAGUCAUGUCCUCCACGAUGUCAUGUGGUGAGUUUGUGUUUGUUAUGGACAGAUCUGGCAGUAUGGGCAGCUUUACACAUGUGGGAGGCCGUGCACAAGAACGCAUCGCUUGCGCCAGGGACACUCUGCUCCUGCUGCUGAAGAGUCUUCCCAUAGGCUGUUACUUCAACAUAUAUGGUUUUGGCUCUCACUUUGAAUCGUUCUUCCCGAAAAGUGUGCAGUACAGUCAAGACACAAUGGCGGAGGCAGUGAAAAAGGUAAAGGAGAUUCGCGCAGACAUGGGAGGGACAGAGAUUCUGCAACCUCUGGAACAUAUUUACAAACAGCCGUGCAUCCCCAACCACCCAAGACAGUUGUUUAUAUUUACAGAUGGUGAAGUAGGAAAUACCAGAGAUGUUCUUCAUUGUGUAAAAAGAAAUGCUGAUGUUCACAGAUGCUUCUCAUUUGGGAUUGGUGAAGGAGCAAGUUCUGCACUAAUUACAGGAUUGGCUGAGAAUGGAUCUGGCCACGCCCAAUUCAUCACAGGAACUGAACGCAUGCAGGCCAAAGUAAUGCAGUCUCUUCGCUUUGCUUUACAACCAGCAGUAAUUGAUAUUGUUGAGGAUUGGGCUGGUUUGUCUUUUACUCGUCUGAGUCCCCAAAUUAAAACACUUUUCCAUGGUCAAAGAGCACUGAUUUAUGCCCAGUUGAAAGGAGAGGACUAUCAGAAGCCAGAGGCCAAUGGAAAGAUAUCCGUGCGGUACCGCCUAGGAGAACAAGAGGUCUCAAACACUGUGCACUUCUCCAUGAUGUCUACUGAGAAUAGCGGUCUGGUCAUCCACAAGUUGGGCGCUCGUUGUCUAAUCCGCUCGCUGGAAAGGGAAGAGCAGGAUGAUGGAGUUGAUAAAGAGGCUUUGAAGGCCAGGGUUGUGGAACUGAGCAAACAGUCUGGAGUGAGCAGCUCACACACUGCCUUCAUAGCUGUCAAUAAGGGCAGUGGACAAGUUGUGAAAGGACCACUGGUGACCAGGAGAAUUCCAACACAAGAUGUAUGUUAUUUGAAGUGUUAUGAAUAUGAUGCGGGCAGAUCAAUGUGUUCUAGUUACCCCGGAUCCUUCUUAACAAAGGCUAAACCAAGCUACUUAAAAAAGAGUUUGACCAAAAGGAUUAAAAAUUGGUUUGGCUUCUCUGACAGAAGCUUUAGCGUAAAACAAGCUGCCUCUUUAGAAACUUCUGAGGCUUCAAUGGACCCACUGUUGCAGAUUGUCUCCCUCCAGGAAGCUGUGGGUUGCUGGCAAAUGGAGUCUACACUUGCAGAGGUGUUUGGAGUGACAAAAAAAGAGCUGAUUGCAAAGAUUCCUGAACAGGUGAAGCCAGAUGUCUGGGCUACACUUCUGGCUCUGAUUUGGUUACAUGGCUUUAAAAUCGAUGCACAGGUUGAGUGGCAGUGUUUGGCCAUGAAAGCAGUGGAAUGGCUUCGCACUCAGACAGUGGGUAACCUCUCAGAGUGUGUGCGGGUAGGUAAUUCUCUACUUGGCUGUCAGGUUAAAGAAGAUGCUCUUGGGCUCUGAAGCCUUCACCGUCUUACAGCAUUCACACAGAAGCCCUGGCAUCCUUUCUUUUCUAAUUUAUAAAAAAAAGCUUUACUUUAAUUACCAUGUUUUUACACAUAAGAUUAUAUAGGUAUAUGUACUAGUAUGGCCAUAAAACAGUAAUAACUUGAUAAUUGUGUAGGGAUAACAACUACAGACACAUCUUUGCACCAUUUGUUAAUCAAUUUACAUAAAAGCACUACUUUGUUUUGUUAGUAAAAUAUUUACUUUUGGUUUUAUGGUAACAUUCAUUCCAUGGUGUGAAGUAUGUGGUGUUGGCUCAAGAAUCCAACCAAGAUCACUGAAUCACAGGUUUAAUGCAUUUGUUAAGGGUUAAUGUCCUCAUGUAUAAAUGGUAUUCGAAAUGUGUUAUAAUAGUUCAUAAAAAAAUAUUACUCAUAGUGUAGAGAGCGCUCAUCUGCAUUCUUGAUAUUUUGGAACACCAAGAAAUUAUUGAUAUGUUUUAAAAAAUACACAUAUAUUACAUUUUGAAUAUUUAAAAUUAAGUGUCAUUUUCCUGGUUUUUCUUUACAAUUUAUAUUUCCUUUAUACUUUGUCCCUUAUUUAGAAGCAAUUUGCUUCAAUCAUCAAACAGAGAACUGAGGGGGCAAUGAUGUGCAAAAGGAGUCCACCAAUUGCAAAUUGUAUGAACAAGUCUCUGAACAUGAAUAUGUCUCUUACAUGCGCAAUGCCAAUGUCAGCCAGUGAAGCCAGAUGUCUGGGCUACACUUCUGGCUCUGAUUUGGUUACAUGGCUUUAAGAUUGAUGCACAGGUCGAGUGGCAAUUUUUGGCCAUGAAAGCAAUAGCAUGGAUCCGCACUCAAAAAGUGGUCAACCAGUCAGUGUGUGUGUGGGUAGGUAACUCUCUACUGGGCUGCCAGGUUAAAGAAGAUGCUCUUGGAGAUUUUACCCUCUUACAGCAUUCACACAAAAGCCUUUGAAAAAUUGGCAUAAUUUCUUUCUUUCAAUUUAUAUAUAUUAAAAAAGCUUUACUUUACUAACUAAAUUUUGGUUAUAAUUGAGUUCAUGUCAGUGGAAUUACUAUUAUGGCUAAUAUUAAUAUUUUAUCAUGCAUAUGAUGGUCCAAGAAUCUAACCAAAAUUAGUGAGUCACAGGUUGAAUGUAGCUGUUUGCUAAAGAUUAAAGAAAAAAAAGCUUAUAUACAAUGCCUGGAGCAAGGAAUUAUUGACAUUUUUUGAAAAUAAAUACAAUAUUAUUAAUCAUUUAAAAUAUUUGUUGGUUACAUCAUAUACACUUUUUGGCUUUGUACUGCCUUUUACUAUAUACUGUACUUUUAUUAUAUCUGUCAGCUUAUUUUAGUUUCAAUUAAUUAAAUUUUUACAUAUCACAUUGCUAAAUUGUGGGUUCUUUUUUAGCUAGCUGAUGUUUUUUGGGAAUCAACUUAAUAAAACUCAUUUAUGCAAUCCUA